AUUCGUCCUCAUCUCUCUCUCUCUCUCUCUCUCCUCUCUGCGCUUUCAUCAAUAAGACAACCUUCCAAGAAAAAAACAGAGAGAUAAAAAAAAAAACCCAGCACGAGUCUCUUUCUUGUUUUUGUCUCUUCUUCUUGUUCUUGUUCUUGCUCCUGUUAACCCUCUUUCCAAGCUUCCCAGAAAUUUUUCUCGAGAAAACAGGGUAGAAAGCGAUACACCAUGAAUAGAUCCAAGGCGCAAUCCAAAAACCCAUCUUUUUCCUCGACCCUCCUCGACGAAAUCUGCAACUCCUUCGACUCUAAAAACCCUAAAGCCCAACAUCUCUAUUUCUCCGAUAACACGAGCCAGAAACAGAGCACCAGAACCAGAUCGGUUUCUGACCGGAAAUUCCACCGAGAUCGGUUCUUCGGCUCCCUGUCCUCUUCUUCGGAUUCUAAUUCCAGUAUCUUCUCAUCUUCCGAUACUGAAUUAAAGAAAGCUUCGUCAAGGCCAUUAUGUUUUGGCCCGACCCGGAUAAAACCCAGGAAAACAGAGGACAAGGCUCUGUUCCGAGAAAACAGAACAUGUCCAGCGUUCGACGACUAUGAUUACAGUUCAGACACCUCGAAGUUUACGAGACACGAAGACGUCAGGGAGAAUCAGAGAACAAGAUCAGUGAAAAGUUCUGGGAAUUUCAGGAAGCCGAAAGCUCCGGUUUCACCAGGCGGAAGGAUCGUUAGUUUCCUCAAUUCUCUGUUCAGCAACUCGAGGAAAACAAUGGCGGCUAAGAAUAGCUCAAGAAAGACCAGUUACAAUGAUGAUGAUGGGUUUGUCCGGAAACCGCGUGAUUACCCAUCGACGUGUUCUUCGGCUACUUCGUUUUCCAGAUCGUGUCUGAACAAAAGCUCCGAGAAAUCAUGUGAUGGCGGGAAACGAAGCGUCAGGUUCUCUCAGGUCAAUUUCAUAGCCUCGGAGAAUUCCAGCAGCAGACCAAUCUACGCAAACGAAGAAGCAAUCUACGGCAGUAACAGAAACGGUACAAGGUUCAUGUCUUCGUCGUUGCCAGAUGAAUGGAACAUCAGAAAAUCGCAGAAGAAGAGCUCAGUGGACGGAGGGAGGAGAUCGGUGGAGGAUAUAGCGAGGGAUUUCUUGAGAGAUUAUCGCAAGAAUCAGACCAAAAGUACGAUAAAGAACACAGAUAACGACGCUUUCGGCUGUUAUGAAGACGAAGAUGACGACGAUGGCGCAAGUGAUUCGAGCUCGGAUUUGUUUGAGCUUGAUUUGAUGGUAAAUCACCAUGACAGGUACAGAGAUGAGCUUCCUGUGUAUGAAACCACCUGUGCUGGUUUGAUCUUGUGAAUGUUUCUUUUUCUUUUUUAAUUUUUUUUUUCUCUUUUUUUUUUCUUUUGUUAUUUCCAUGUAAUGAGUUUGCACAGGGAAAAAAAGCUAGGAUUCUGUAACGUUUUGCUGUAAUAUUUGGCUUUAAAAUUUGGGUGGCUAAUAUUAAUAAUCACGGGUUAUAUUAUAUA